UUGCAAACUCUUCCAGCAACAUCGAAAAAUCUUUUUCAGGUCGAGCUUGUCAAGGGCAAGUCGAUCACGCUGACGACAGAUGAAAAAUACAAGGAGUCUUGCUCAGCGGAUACUCUCUAUUUGGACUAUAAGAAUAUUGUUAAGACUAUUACAACUUUGCUUGUGAGUUUUAAUGUUGGACCCUUCGUGUCGCAGCAUGUGGAUGUUGUUAUGAGCUCCGAGAUUAUUGAAAUUACAUACCCAUCAUUUCACUUCUACAAUUCUUUGAGAACCAGCCUCAUUUCAGAAUUGAUGAAUAUGUUUUUUGAGGUAGUGAAGAAAGGGUCCAGGGUCUAUGUUGAUGAUGGUCUUAUUUCGCUUGUCGUCGACGACAUUAAAGACAAUUCGAUCUCUUGUACCAUUGAAAAUGGAGGAAUGCUAGGUAGUCGCAAAGGUGUCAACCUUCCCGGAACAGCUGUCGAUCUACCGGCUGUCUCUGAGAAAGACAUCCAGGAUCUGAAAUUUGGAGUGGAACAGGGCGUAGACAUGAUUUUCGCUUCUUUCAUCCGGAACGCAGAUGGAGUUCGAGCAAUACGAAAGGUUCUUGGUGAAAAAGGAAAGAACAUCAAGAUCAUCUCUAAAAUUGAGAAUCAGCAAGGUCUUGACAAUUCCGAUGAGAUCAUUGCGGAAUCGGACGGUGUUAUGGUGGCCAGAGGUGAUCUUGGAAUUGAAAUCCCGACUGAAAAGGUUUUCAUAGCGCAGAAAAUGCUACUUGCAAAGUGUAAUCGGGCCGGAAAACCAUGUAUUUGUGCAACUCAAAUGCUUGAAUCAAUGACGAAGAAACCUCGUCCCACAAGAGCCGAGGCAGGAGACGUUGCAAACGCUGUACUCGAUGGUGCGGACUGUGUGAUGCUGUCCGGCGAGACUGCCAAAGGAGAUUAUCCGCUCGAGGCGGUGAAAACCAUGCAUUUCAUAUGCAAAGAUGCCGAAAAUUCAACCUAUCAUGCUGAAUUCCUGCAAGAUCUUCUCGCAGAAAGCGUUCGACCGUUUGACAUGACUCAAUCUACCAUUAUUGCAGCUGUAAUUGCAGCAAUCAAUUGUCAUGCUGCGGCCAUUGUUCUCGUUACCUCCACUGGAAGGCAAAUUGUGUUACUGAUCGAAGGUGAAGAUCGGCAUUCUCUUCAGAACUGCCAUCUCCUGCUCCCGUUACAAAACUCCUUUUCCAAUUAUUGCAGUCUGUCGUCAAGCAAACGUCUGCCGUCAGCUAAACAUUUGCAGGUCGGUGUUCCCAGUGUUCUACAGCAAAUCACGUCGGUGUUCCCAGUGUUCUACAGCAAAUCACGUCAGUCUAAUUUCAACACGGAUAACGAAAACAGAAUUACCCAUGGCGUCGAGUUUGGCAAAGAAAAAGGCAUGAUCAGCAAAGGAGAUACGGUAGUUGCCAUCACAGGAUGGAAACCCGGUCCUGGCUUCAUCAACACCGUGCGGGUCAUCACUGCCGUGUAA